GGAUCUGAUGAGCUUCUUUCUUCUGGCAUCAUUAACGGGUCUUUUACCAUGAACAGUUCUACUACUUCUACAGCUAAUGGGAAUGACAACAAAAAAUUUAAAGGAGAUAGACCUCCGUGUUCACCUUCCCGUGUUCUCCAUCUUCGCAAAAUUCCAAAUGAUGUCACUGAAGCAGAGGUCAUAUCAUUAGGUCUACCAUUUGGCAAAGUAACUAAUCUUUUGAUGUUGAAAGGAAAAAGCCAGGCUUUCUUAGAAAUGGCUUCUGAGGAAGCUGCUGUUACCAUGGUGAAUUAUUACACUCCUGUUACUCCUCAUCUCCGAAGCCAGCCUGUUUAUAUUCAGUAUUCCAAUCACAGAGAACUUAAGACUGACAAUCUACCUAAUCAAGCUAGAGCCCAAGCAGCAUUGCAGGCCGUCAGUGCUGCCCAUUCAGGAAGCCUGGCCCUUUCUGGAGCGCCUACCAAUGAAGGCACAGUACUGCCUGGGCAGAGCCCUGUGCUACGAAUAAUUAUUGAGAACCUCUUUUACCCUGUUACUCUGGAAGUUCUUCACCAGAUAUUUUCAAAAUUUGGCACAGUCUUGAAGAUUAUCACCUUUACAAAGAAUAAUCAGUUUCAAGCUUUGCUUCAGUAUGCUGACCCAGUGAAUGCACAUUAUGCCAGAAUGGCUCUGGAUGGCCAGAAUAUCUACAAUGCGUGCUGCACUCUGCGCAUUGACUACUCCAAGCUCACCAGCCUUAAUGUGAAAUACAACAAUGACAAAAGCAGGGACUUCACCCGCUUAGACCUCCCCACUGGCGAUGGCCAGCCAUCCCUUGAGCCUCCGAUGGCUGCUGCUUUUGGUGCACCAGGUAUAAUUUCCUCACCAUAUGCAGGGGCUGCUGGAUUUGGCCCAGCCAUUGGAUUUCCUCAAGCUACAGGUCUUUCAGUCCCUGCUGUUCCUGGAGCUCUUGGUCCUCUUGCAAUCACCUCUUCUGCUGUCACUGGAAGGAUGACCAUUCCGGGGGCUGCUGGCAUACCAGGAAAUUCAGUCCUGCUCGUCACCAAUCUCAAUCCUGAUCUGAUCACACCACAUGGGCUUUUUAUUCUAUUUGGCGUGUAUGGUGAUGUCCAUCGAGUGAAGAUUAUGUUUAAUAAGAAAGAAAAUGCCUUGGUUCAGAUGGCAGAUGCAAAUCAGGCUCAACUAGCAAUGAACCAUCUUAGUGGUCAGAGACUUUAUGGAAAAGUGCUUCGUGCCACAUUGUCCAAACAUCAAGCAGUUCAGCUUCCCCGAGAGGGACAAGAAGACCAAGGUCUGACUAAGGAUUUCAGCAACAGUCCUUUGCAUCGCUUUAAAAAGCCCGGCUCUAAAAACUUCCAGAAUAUCUUUCCACCAUCAGCCACUCUACAUCUUUCUAACAUCCCCCCUUCUGUCACAGUGGAUGAUCUGAAGAACCUUUUCACAGAAGCUGGAUGUUCAGUGAAGGCUUUUAAAUUUUUUCAGAAAGAUCGCAAAAUGGCACUCAUUCAGUUGGGGUCCGUGGAAGAGGCAAUCCAGGCCCUCAUUGAGCUUCAUAACCAUGACCUUGGAGAAAAUCACCACCUCAGAGUUUCCUUUUCAAAAUCCACAAUCUGACUUUUCUGUGAAUUUUUCUCUAAGACUGGACCGUGAUUUCGUGAAACCUUCAGACAAAGACUGAAACAGCUCAAGACCAAUUCUGCCUCUUUCACAAAAACAACUAAAAACUCCUACUGAGUUUGAUAUUGAAGUAUAUUAACAAAUCAAGGGUGUUCCUUUAUUCCCCUGCUAGUAUGUGAUCUAUAAAAAGGUUUAUUUUUCCUUUACACCGUAGUUUUUUUGAAAAUAACCUUCAGAAAAAAAUAUUUUUCAGGACUUUAAUCUCCUUAUUGAACUGAAUCUCAAGAGG